AUGAUUGGGACUGCCAAGCUUGUGGAUAUGUUAGAGGAAGUACCAUCUGUGGUGAUAUUGAUACAAUACGUAAUAUCCGCUAUUAGAACGUCAAUUUUUUGCAAUGAAAAAAAUAUGCGCAUCCUGACUACAGUGGUGGAUCUCGACACUAAGUUGCAUGUUGAUACUAAUAAGAACUUCUACAAAAAAUCAAGAAAAAUGAACUUAAAGGUAAUACUGAUGGUUCUUGUUAUACACGUCAUUGUUACUAUUAUCGACUUAGCCACCGAUGGGGAUAAUAUAGAUAUGAGUAAAAUUGUUGUUUUGCCUAUUUACCUCGAGCAAUCUCUUGAAAUAAGUGUAUUCUGCUUGCUUAUCAUGAUGUUAACUCGACGACUUCACAUCAUAAACAACUAUUUGGCCAAAUUCAUCGAUGAAAACGAUGGUAUCAAGUCUUCGCCCAUAUUUAUCGUAGGAGAGAAGAAAGACGGACCAGAAGAAUUUAACUUGAUCGGCCGCUCGUCGGGCGACAACACCAAGAUUAGAGACUUGGCAGUGACCUACGACAUCAUUGGCGAACUUUGUACUCUUGUCAACGAAGUAUUCAAUUUUCAGAUUUUCAUGACUCUAGGUUCUACGUUUACUUACGUUGUCAUAACAAUUUGGUCUGCAUUAUAUUACUACAAAAAUGGAAACAACUCUAUGGCACUGGUUACUAUAAUAUUGUGGUGUAUUACAGCCGUUUGCUUGAUUGCUUUUAUGUCGAUGACUUGUGAGCAGCUACUGCUGGCAAGAACGAAGACUAAGAUUUUAAUUAAUAAGAUCAUAAUGGACUACGACCUGCCUAAGACUAUGAGGGUGCAGGCGAAGGCGUUUAUGGAGCUGGUAGACGCGUGGCCCCUGCGUAUUUUCAUUUACGAUAUGUUUUCAGUGGACAUCACAUUAAUGCUUAAAUAUAUAAGUGUGGCUACCACAUACCUUAUUGUAAUAAUCCAGAUUUCUCACUUUGUUUAAGAUUUUAUGCGUGAGUAGUAAGGGUUUUCACGUGUCGAUGUUAAUGUACACAGCACAACGAAUGAAAUCGUCUACAAAC